AUGUACGAUGACGCCGAUGAUCUAGAGUUUACCAAUGUCCACGAGUUAUUCAAUUACUAUAACAAUCUAUGUUUCAAAAAUGCACUAGGCCCUGUCUUAGUGGCUUGGAGCAGGAAACUUAAGAGAUGUGCAGGUAUCUGCUACUACAAGGUAUCACAACCACCAGGAAUAUGCAUUAUCCGACUUUCCGAGCCACUACUAAAAUAUCGUUGCAUAGAUGACUACAAGCAAACACUUUUACACGAGAUGAUCCAUGCCUAUUUGUUUUUGACACAAACGAGGCACAAACGCACGGGUCACGGGAAGCAAUUCAUUAAAUGGAUGAACAAAGUGAACCAAUUGACUGGAUUGAAAGUAAGUAUUCGUCACAAUUUUGUUGAAGAGGUUAAGUAUUACAGGAAGUAUGUUUGGAGGUGCAACGGAAUUUGCAGGUUGAACCCGCCUAGCUUUGGUUAUAUACGGCGUGCAAUCAAUUUGGCUCCAAGUGCCAAGGAUUCAUGGUGGUCAGAUCACUUAAUUUUGUGUGGUGGGCAAUUUGUCCAGAUUCAUAUCUAA